GAGUCAACAUUCAAGGGGAUCGCUGCAGCAGUGACACGAAGAGACGGGACAGACAAACUCUCGCUACGUUUGUGAAUAGACGACCUCGAAGCGUAGCUAUGAAGACCUUAUGGACACUGCUUUUGGCAGUUAUGGCUGCUCCAUUUUGUGCCGAAGGAUUGGCGAUAGUGGACCCAUGUGUAAGACCAUGCCCAGCAAUCUACAUGCCCGUGUGCGGAACAGACGGCAAGACUUACGGCAAUGAAUGCAUGCUUGGGGCAGCGACAUGUCGCAGCAACGGCACAAUCACACUGGCAUACCCUGGAGAAUGUAAGCCUAAACCGGACAAAUGCGCGCCUAUAUGUCCCAAGAUUUACCGACCAGUUUGCGGGUCGGACAACGUAACGUACAGCAACCCCUGCAUGCUGAGAUCGGCCACGUGCAAGAGUAACGGCACCAUCACCAUGAAGCACCGCGGGAAAUGUGGAUCAAGUCCCAGAUGUAUGCGCCGCUGCACCAAAGAGUUAAACCCCGUUUGUGGCUCGGACGGCAAGACUUACGAUAACCCGUGUGUAUUCAAGAUUGCAGUAUGUCAGAUGAGGGGAGAACUCAGGCUGAAACACAGAGGAGCGUGCGGAUCAAGUCUCAGAUGUAUGCGUCGCUGCACCAAAGAGUUGAACCCCGUUUGUGGCUCGGAUGGCAAGACUUACGAUAACCCGUGUGUAUUCAAGAUUGCUGUAUGUCAGAUGAAUGGACAACUCAGACUGAAACACAGAGGAGCGUGCGGGUCUCGUCCGGACAAGUGCGCGCCAAUAUGCAACAAGAUGUACCAACCAGUUUGCGGGUCGGACAACGUCACGUACAGCAACCCCUGCAUGCUGAGAUCGGCCACGUGCAAGAGUAACGGCACCAUCACUAUGAAGCACCGCGGAAAAUGUGGCUCGAGCCAAUCUUGCGAACAAAAAAAAUGCAAGGGAACCAAAGUGUGCAAGAUGAUCGGCAAUAAACCGAGAUGUAUGCGUCCUCCCCAGACAGACUGCAGCGAAGUCCGGUGCAGAGGAAAUAGCAUCUGCAAAGUGGCUGGCGGACGCGCGCGCUGCGUUCCUCUUCGAGCUACGUGUAAGCGCGUGAAGUGCACGCCCCCUCAGACUUGCCGAGUCCACCGAGGGAGGGAAUGGUGCGUGACGCCGAGGCCGACGAGCUGCGAGCAGCUUAAGUGCAGACCAAACCAGGAGUGCAAGGUGUCCUUCCAGAGAGCUAGAUGUGUGCCCAAGAGGAAAACAUGCGAAGAGAUGAAAUGCAGGCCACCCCUGAUAUGUCAAUCACGCGGUGGGCGGGCCCGGUGUGUCAGACCAAGACCCAAUAGGUGCGGCUUGUUGCGUUGCCGAAGAACUCAAGUUUGCCAGAUGGAAAACGGCAAGCCUCGUUGUGUCUCUCGUACAGGAUCUUGCGAAACCACAAAAUGCAACCCCCCCAAGACGUGCAGGAUGGUACGUGGCCAGCCAAGAUGUAUCCGUGAAAAAGGCAUCUGCCCUAAAAACUGCCGUGACAAGCCGUACUCAGCCUGUCGAAAGAACAAAGAGGGCGAAUACACUUGUAUGUGUCAGACAAAGUGCCCAAGGAUCCUAAGACCAGUUUGCGGAGAUGGCAAGACCUACCCCAACAUCUGCGUGAUGAAGUCUCAGGCGUGCGAGGCAGGACGUCUUAUUGCAUCAGUGAGGCGCGGCAGGUGUCCAAAUAACGGUCCAGAAACCUGUGCAACCAAGAAUUGCACCAGCCCUCCUAACUCCAUCUGCCAAAUGGUGAAUAACAAACCUCAGUGUGUGUGUCAAAAAUUCUGCACACUCGAGUACUCGCCGAGGUGUGGCUCUGACGGGAAGAUCUACGCAAACCCGUGCCAGCUCAGAGUGGCCGCCUGUAAUAAGAACAAACAGAUCACACAGGUGUCCAUGGACCAGUGCAAAGAAACCUGUGCCACUAAGACCUGCACCAGCCCUCCGAACUCCAUUUGUCAGAUGGUGAAUAAUGAAGCGAAGUGCGUUUGCCCUCAAAUCUGUACCAUGGAGUACUCACCUAGGUGUGGCUCAGACGGGAAGAUCUACAGCAACCCGUGUCAGCUCAGAGUGGCCGCUUGUAAUCAAAACAAACAGAUCACGGAGGUGUCCAUGGACCAGUGCAAACAAGGAUGAUCCUCUACAUUAAACACGGAAAAGUCGUAGCGAGCAUUUCUUUUGAUCAUUUUUAUACGUAAAACGGACCAAUUAAUGUUGCUGGAAUAAGCACGUGAACACUGUGACCUGAUUGGCUGAUUCGUUAUCAAUUUGUCUUAAAGUGUAAUCUGAUUGGUCCAGGAUCUGUAUCAUGGUUUUGUUAUAACAUUACAUUGAACUACUUUA